GUUACGUGCUACACCUCAUGGCUUCUACUCUCCCAGCCGCCCCAGCUGCUCCGCCACUUAGUCCAAACUACAAGAUUACAGCGAGGACGCCCGGUAGGACAACAAGUCCUCCCCCUCGUCUGAAAUCCCUGUUUAUAAUCCCUGUGGACAUCUCCUCCGCAGCACAAGGUGGGGUAUGUUUGUGAGUGUGUCCAUGCUGGGUGGAGGGGGAGGAGCUCCCGGACCCAGUCUGGUUUGAGUUGGGGUGUUUUUGAAGGCGUCAGCUGUGGAGAAGUGGAGGUUUUCUGAACCAGAACUGGUGCAGAGAACCAAAGACAGCUUGACACACAAACAAAACCAUUUGAGCUCGUUGCUAAGUUGUCCUGUCUUGAUGUCACUGCAUCUCAUUUCGGUUCAGUGACUGAUAUAUGACAGUAUGUCUGAGACAGGCCAAGAUCAGCUGUGUUUACCUGCAGAUUCCUGGCUUGAAUUUUGCACUCAGCACUGCACUGUAUUAAAGUGCAGUUAAAUUAUGCACUUGAACUUGUACAGUCAUUUGAAGAAGGCAAAAUUCCUCUUAAUCCAGCUUCUAAACACAGGAACCACUGGGGGAUCAUACACCACAAACCAGCCACAGUAAAGAGGUGAGAGCUGGGUGAAGUAUUGUUCAACAGCCGGGUGCUCGUGUGAGGCGAGCAGCGCCGCUCAGACUCAUGGGAGAUGGCUAACGUAGACGUCCUGCAUUCCUCCGCUGAAAGAAUGCGGCGUCUCCAUCGCGGCCUGCCAGGGUUAAGGUUUCAGUCAGGGCGAGGGAGGUCUCACCGGGCUGAGGUAUUUCACUUGAGUCUGACGUUUGAACUUGGGAACUUGGAAACCAGCCUCCCCGAAUACCAGCAUCAGUCACAGUUUGUUUUCUCAUUUUGUCACAUUGAUCAUUUAUUUUCACCUGUGGCGCCGUCUCACAUCUGCAGCGAAGCUCUGCCUGGGCCGUCUGGCUGUGACAAACCUGUCUCCAUUUCCUGUUGUGCCUUUCACAAUAAGAGCAGGGUCACAGCCACUGGGAAGUUUCCUGCUUGUACCUGAGACAUCAUUCUGGAUGAAAAUCUGCUCCAUCGUUUAGUCCAAAAUGCAUUUUUUAAAAACUUGAUCAUGUUUUAUUCUUCUCCUCCUCCUCCUCUUCCUCCUUUUUCUCCUUCCAUCACUUUCCGCCGAUCAGGGCUAAAAUGGUUGAUGUUGUAACACCUCGCACAAUGCCGACAGAAACCGAGGUGCAUGUGGCGAGGAGCUUUCUCACCAAGAUUUUGCGAAGCUCGAUGAGGUACCAUCAGCCAGCUGUGUCCCGUUGUGAUCUUUGGUCAUAGAGUUUGUACACUGUGCUUUGUGACCCUUUGUAGUAUUGUGCAAUAUCACCCAAAGUCUGGUGCUCGUGUCCAAACCAAAUCCUCUUGGAAUUUGCCCGUCGUGUUUAUUUUUUUUAGUUCUGCUCAGCACUGUGAUGUUUGGCUGCCUCAUGUACUAUAAUUUGGUUGUCACGUUUACAAGUCAUCAAAUUAUCAUUUUUUUUCUUUGGUUGAGUAUGUUUUGGGAAACUGGGGCGUACUAUCUCUUGAACACAUGUUAUUCUUGUCUUUAUCAACAUGCUCUCCAGGAAACACCGCUUCCGGCAAGGGAAGAAUGAUCCGGGCUCACGGCCCCAUUCCUGGCACUCGUCCAAGCUGACCGAAGAGGAGUCAGAGUCCACCAAGAGAGAGGCCACCCCAGCAGCAGUGUGGCAGCCACAACAUGAAGCAAAGCCCAAAGAUUCAUCCACUCAAGGGGACAAGGACAUCCAGCAUCAGCUAACCAGCCGGUUCAGUUCAGUGAGCAACAUGGAGAGACUGGAGCGUCCCUCUCAUCCCUACCCACCAGGCCGCCUUUCGCCAGCUAAACACGUCAGCAGCACAGAGCCGCUAUGUGGAUCAGGAGGCAAAAAAGACUCUGGGUUGAGUUGUUUCUCCAGCAGCUCCAGCCCUCCUGUUCACGACUCCAGCACAUCUGGUAGGAAAGGUACCAACACUGAAAAUAUUUUCUUCAGGGGCCUUCAGAGUGAAGGGCCCCUGCAGGCCGAGCGACCCAGGUACCUGCAGCCUAUGCUCGGGAAUGGAGGCUGGGAGGGACCACGGGCUGAGGAGCAGCCUGCCUCCCGGGUGUCAAUUGCAGGGAGACCCGGCGUUAGCCCCAUUUGGCAAGUACCAGAAAAAAAGAAGUCCCAGUCUCCCCCUCCCCCACCUCCUCCCCUGCGCAGUGACAGCUUUGUCGCCACGAAGGUGUUUCCUUACUCUGAAGGGCCCGGCGGUCCAGCGAAGAACAAAGGUAGGUCAGUUGAAAAACUGACCGACAGCAACGAUCAGAAUGGCCUCAGAUCUCACCAGGAGAAAACCUCAGAGGUCAGGCACAGCUUAAACCCCCUGCCCACUAAAGAUUUCCUCCAUACCAGCUUGGCAGCUGACCACAACCACAACGAGCUGCACCCCAACAAGCUCUUCUCCCAGUCCAGCAAUGAUGUCAGACAGUCUCAUUACACCCAACUACCUGCCCACCAGAGGCAAUACAGUGACGAAAGUCCCCUCUACCUGCAGACCAGGUCAGCGCCUCCCACAAAGGUUCAGAGUGUAGGGAGCUACUAUCGCAGCCUCCAGGAUCUGCCCACAAACACCUUCAGCCGCAAACAGGUCCGGUACUCCACAGCAUCUGUGGCAAGUUCUGCCGCAAACCCAAACCCAGAGAACGGGGGACACAACAGAUACUACGGCCUGCCAAGCAAACAUUCAGUCCAGACUGCUGAACUUCAAGCUAGGCAGAGCAAAGCUGAGGGAUGGAGGGGGGGGACAGAGAAACUCCACUGGGUAAACAGCAAUGAACCAGGCUUCCAAAGUUCCUUGAAGACAAACAUGAAAGCAAAGUACUCCCUACCUCAGUUCCAGAUGCCUUACAGUGAAAAUAAGGAGCGCAGUGGGAAUGGUCUACGUUAUGAGCAACAAACCUCUGAACUUUCUGUUCAAAGUCGCAGCCCAGAGGAUGUUGCGAAGAAAAGUGAAGGACACUCUAAUGAAAUGAAAAGACACCUCCCAACACAUCAAAGUAAUGAUCAUAAGGUCAGUCUUUCAAAGCACCAAGACCCAUGGGUGCCCCAAGAGGAUCAACGAAUAUCCCGUCUGAAAACCCCACUUCUCCACUCCCUGGCCCAGGAAAGUAAGACUCUGGCUGAGAGGCAACCAGCAGCUACGACCACUGGUCUCAUAUCCACACAGGAUACCAGUGACAUCAUGGCCACAAGCAGUGGAAAAUCAAAUCGCCGCAGUGACCGUUACGCCACCACCCUCCGCAAUGAGAUCCAGCAGAAGCGAGCCCAGCUGCAAAAGAGCCGCAGUGCUGCCACCCUGACGUGCGAUGCAGAGGAUGAAGAGGCAGAAGAAUGGAGGACUACAAAGGCGUCUACGUCUCCUGGUGUCUCCUUCUCCAACACCUACAAGGACCACCUGAAAGAGGCACAGGCCAGGGUCCUCCAGGCCACCUCCUUCCAAAGACGUGACCUUGAGCCUCUCGGGCCAGAGGCGCCUGUAGUUAAAACCUCAAAUGGACGCAUUAGAGGACGGAAGCGCUUCCCACUGGCCAAGAGGACACACUCCUUCUCAGAGCCUGACAAGAUAGACAAAGUGGGAGUGGAAGGAGAACCUCAAACGGGGUCUUUUGUAGAGCGGAGGAAGUUCUUUGAGGCAAAACCUGCAUUUUCCAGGCCUGUGCUGAAGUCCAGUCAGGGUUCAAACUUGAACACAGACCUUGGUGAGGCCAAAGAGAAAACUCCCAGUGAGGAGGCACGUCCAUCCACAGACCCAAACCACCUCAGUCCUGGACAUAAGCAGGAGAUACUAGAACAGCAGAGACUCGGCACCUUCGCUGAGUACCAGGCCACGUGGAACAAACAGAAGAAGUCAUCAGAGUCCAAGGCACAAGGGAGGUAUCACUCUGCAGAGAACAUCUUGGAUGCAGAUGCCGGGGAGACGGCUGUGUGCAUCCAUGAGAGAUCCCGAUCGUCUCCAUCUGCAGACUUCUACACACAGAAUAUACCCUCAGCAUGGAGAGACCCUCACAGCCAGCAGAGCACUUACACCUACAUAGGGAAAACUGAGAGCAGACUGCAAUACCAGCACGACCACAGACCAGAGUCGGUCCCGUCAGUCCCCAGAAACGAGUGCCUGGUUCCAGCCCUCCCUCACCACAGGACCAAACCAGACUCUGCCAAUCCCUGUCACACCACACACUCCUCAGGCUCUCGCAGCCUCAGCCCUGGCUCCCAGCACUCAUCCCAUCCUCCACAAACCAAGGGCCUCCUGCCACCGCCCAGGCCCCAUAUAGGCCCAGAAACCACAUCCUCCUCCUCCCUGGAAUUUCUCUCUGGCGCCCAGUCACACCCGACAGCAGUCCAGCCUCUGUCCAGCUCCAGCUCUGCCACCCAACACCAUGCAGCUGCCCAGAACUCGUCCGCCGGCCCCGCCCCGGCCAGCUCCCCUCACCUCAGCAGGGCAUCGGGAGCAGACACGAGCAGAGGAGGUGCAGAAAACGAGGAGCGACCGCAGCCGCCUUCCUCUUCAUCGCCGUUCUCCUCCUGGACGGCCGCCUUGCCUCUUCCGGCAGAUCGAGCGCGGUCUCCCUCCCCACAGUUUGCGCCGUUGAGACUAACCGACAAACCGCCAGCCGUGCUCGUGCAGGAUGACUCACCUCGCAGGUCAGAAAUUCAUGUGACGCUGCCAGCAGAGAUGGAUGUGAACAGUUCGGUGAAGAAAGUCCCUGUGAGGAUCGUCCGCUCUGAGAGCAGCUCAGAGCGACGGGGGACGGAUUACCUGCCUCUGAGCGGCGUCUCUGAGCCGCCGCCCCACAUCCUCCCCCCGAGCACCCCAGAGCGCCCGACCUCGCCCCUGUUCAGCGCUUACAGCCGCCAGACCGAUCAGGUCCAGGAGUCUGUCCCUGAGUCGCAUUCGGCAGGGGCUCUACGCUCAGAGGAGGACGCCAAGAGAGAGGAGCUGGCCAGGGACAUCAUGGGUAGAGACAAGUCACUGGUGGACAUCUUGGACCAGAGUGGCAGGAUGACCACCAUGGACUUGAUGGAAGGACUCUUCCCCACAGAGGAACAGAUCCUGGAGGAGGCCCUCCAGCGCAGGAGGGCCUCCUCCAGCUCCAGGCUGACCAGCUCAUCCCCCAGAAGCAUGGACAGGAGGGAGGACGAGGACGUGUCCGUGUCUGCCGCAGCCUCCCUGGUCCCCAGCUCCUCCUACUACAACACGUCGGCUCCCAAAGCCGAGCUCCUCAUCAAGAUGAAGGACAUGAAGGAGCAGCUGGAGGAGCAGGACUCUGAGGACGAGCUGGAUGUCGACCUUGCCAGUAAAAAGCAAGAGCUGAUCUCCAGCCUGGCCGGGAAGCUGGAGGUGCUGCGGGAGGCGCGGCACAGCCUGCAGGAGGACGUGGAGGACAACGAGGCUCUGGGCCGCCAGGUGGAGGCCACCGUGCAACGCCUCUGUCAGCCCAACCAGCUCGACAAAUUCCGAAUGUUCGUGGGCGACCUGGACAAGGUGGUGAGCCUGCUGCUGUCGCUGUCGGGGCGGCUCGCCCGGGUGGAGAACGCUCUCAACAGCCUGGAGGAAGAAGCCCCGCCAGAGGAGAAGCGAACCCUGACAGAGAAGCGCAAGCUGCUGAUGCGGCAGCACGAGGAUGCCAAGGAGCUGAAGGAGAACCUGGACCGCCGUGAGCGGCUGGUUUCCAGCAUCAUGGAGGCCCACCUGGACGCAGAGAGCCUGGACGACUACCGCCACUUUGUGAAGAUGAAGUCGGCCCUCAUCAUCGAGCAGCGUAAGCUAGAGGACAAGAUCAAGCUGGGCGAGGAGCAGCUGAAGUGCCUGGUGGACAGCCUGCCGCUGGAGCAGAGGCCACCGCUCUGAUGCCCGCCACCUAAAAGCUGGACGUUUCAAUACUGGAUCAAGAAGAGGCAGCUGGGGGACAACUUGUACAUUUGAGGGAGUUUCAUGGAGCAUUUUAAUCUUGAUGUCAGUGUGAGAUUCAUGGCUGAGACUGGUAUCAUUACUGUUCAUCAGAACGAAUCCCACACGAAUCCUACAAAUCGUUCCAGGAGCUCAGGAGCCUCAGGAACUCAACAGAUGUUUUGUAGGCUUGUUUUAGAUGAACGACAGCAGGAAGUACUGAGCUCACUGAUAAACGCAUUGCAUUUCCUGUGACCACGUCUUAAUAAAGCUUGUGUUUUGCCGGUUAAAUGCUUUUAAUGUGAAGCUGUAAGGGCAGGAAAUGUUCACUUUGGAUUUGGAACUUAACACAGUAUUUUCUGCAGGAACACUGAGACCGACACCCAGUUUGUAAUACUGCAAAAUAUUGCAAUAUUUUUAUGAGUGGGCCAUAGGCUCAGUCACCCGUGUUACCUCAUCAGAUAGCGAUAGAUUAAAUCGAUUAUAUCAUAUUACGCCCCCUGAGAGGCAAAGCAAGUGAAGGAAAGUGAAAGCCAGCAGGGCUUGAAAGUUCACAUUUACUGUAUUCACUACAAAACAAACCAAAUGAUGUUUUCAGCUUUCCAUAAACUCAUAACAUUUGGCUGUCUGUUUCUGAAUCGUUGUAUUUCAUGCGCUCGCUCUGCGGCUGCGUGUGGCUCGGGUUGUUGUUGUUAUUAUUAUCACGUGUGUUUUCAGUUUGAGUAUUUUUUUAGUAAUUUAUUGUAGCCUUUUUGAAAUAUUUCCCCAGUAAUUUAUUCUGACUCACGACGUACUUUUUGUUUUCUAAUGAAGUGAAAAGAAGAGUUUUGGUGCUUAUAGCCGAAGCUCCCAUUCAGAAACUACAGGACGAGUUGGUCACCGCCGGACUCCUCACGGAGAGCAGCAGGACUGAGGCACGGCCGGGGUUUCUGAGGAGGUUCAUCUAAAAGCUAGCACUUUACUCUGUGGUUUGGCCCAUCCGGGGGUCUGUGUUUAUGUAAAGAUGUGCCUACUGUAGCCUCCCGCCACGCUGAACUCGGGCCGCUGACGAGGGCGUGUGCCAGCCACACGCUCUUCAGGUGUGCAGUGACCUCAUUCACCCACUGUCACAGCAAUAAAAUGACAAAUCUGA